UUUUUUUAUUAUUAUUAUUAUUAUUAUUAAAUUCAUUAAAAUAUGGCAGGAAAAGCCUCUCCUACAAAAAAAUCCAUCCCUUCUAGUGCAAAUAAAGAUUUAAGUUGUUUACGUUGUAGAAAAAAGAAAGCCAAAUGCUCAAAAACUCGACCUACUUGUACUCGAUGUGCACGAUCCAACCAACCUUGUGAAUACCCAGAUGCACCACCUAAUCUCACCGAUCUAUCUCAAAAAGUAUUGACACUGUAUGAUACGCUACGUGAAUUAGAAGGUGAAUUUCUAGAGAAAUACAUGCAAGAAGUAGAUAUACCUAUAUCCUCAAAACGACAAAAGCAACAAGACGAUUUUACACCUUCUACAGAAGAACCAGCAGGAUGGUCCAUGUCCUUAAGUGAACAUGGUCUCUCGUUGCAUAUUGUGGCACGCAAUGGCCAUGAAUACAAUGAAUUUGCUAAAUCACUCUCGCGUCAAUUGGCUCGAGAUUUUGGCCCUGAAUUCCUACCUACCCCUUGGGACAUGGAGGAAGAUGAUGAAGAAGAGGAAUUAGACGAAGAUGAAUAUCUAGUGACCAUUCCUGUAUGCUCAACGCAAUGCUUAUUUCCUUUGGUUCAACCCAAAAGACGCACGUCUAUCAUAACCAAAGAAGAUACCCUUUCUCAUAUCAUUCAAUCUCAAUUACCCACUAUGCUUCAACAUCUUAUAGUAAGAUACGCCUCUUUACAAGAGAGUGAUGACCACUUAUCCAAACUGAUGCUACAUCUUAAAUUAUAUCUACCCCUUUCAAAUGUGUAUUGUCCUACUACACAAACAGUAGGGGACUUGCUUUCUACUGUGUUUAUUAUCACUGCCUAUGUUGUCUCUGUUGCUCUCUUGCCUUCUUUACCUGGUCUUGUAUGUCCUCCUUUACCUACUUGUGUCUGGCAAGAUUGUGCCGACUAUGCCACCAACUUAUUAAUGGACCUGAUAUUCGAUCAAGGAGACCAACUAUCGUCUUAUCCAGUCAUUCUAUGCACUCUUUUAUUAGCAUGGAUUCAUACUGAGCUGGUCUCAUCAUCUUCACCCCAAGCACUGAUUGGACUCGCUAUUCGACUCCUGAUACUUUCAGAUUAUGAACAAACAAGUCCAUGGCAAGCCUUGAUGGCUGCCUUGAUUUACUUGGAUGUUUAUUCAUCCUUAUUUUAUGCACAUACACUUCAACAGAAUGCCUUAUGGCCUUCUUUUGAGAAACCCAAGGACAAAGAGACACAAUGGAUGUUGUUAUUAGCCCAAGUGAUUUCUUUGUUUUAUCACCCAUACACUAACCAUAUUCGCAAAGUAGAUGUGGAUGAAGUCUUGACUCUGGUGCGGGACAUGGAGAUCCAAGAACAGACACUGUCUGAUCAAAAGCAGCCUAUUCAAGUUGUGCAUUACAUGAUCAAAAUCCUCUUGUUUCGUCCUUUUUGUAUGCAUGGAGAACAGACAUUGACGAAAUCUACUUUUCUAGACUUGUCUACAUCAGCAGCAGAUGCACUGUCUCAAUUACUGCUGAAAGAACACACUCCUUGGUCUAAAGGUGCCUUGUUACUUAUUCAAGACGUGCUGGAUCGUGUGUCUGCUGAGUUUCAAGACGGAGACACACAGGCACAACUAGAUAGGAUUAAAAGUCGACUAUAAAUGCAGAAACGAUAAAAAUUCCUUUUUAUUAUUAUUAU